CUCUGACGUAAUUUGUUUUGAGCAGAUUUUUUUGAGGCGCCUGAACAACAACAAGAUUUUUACCAAAUUUGUUUAGCAAAAAGAAAGUAAAAGGGUUACAAUACGUUUCCUUAUUUUCAUUUUGAGAACGCCUUAAAGUUGCUGGAUGGAGUUUGAUUCGCUAACGAUCCAAAUGCAGCAAAUAUCUAGAAUAUCCUACAUUUGGUCAUCACUUUUACCAUUUAUGAUACGAAGUAUUUAUUUUUAAAGAAAGAUAGUUACAGCUAGCUAUAUAUAUUUAUAUACACUAACAAAGUUAACACCACAGGAGAAGCUUCAACAUACGUUGUGAACUAAAAUUAAAGGCAUCAAUUUAUUUGAACACUAGCUAUAGCCGUGUGGUUAAACAGAGAAAAUGAAACUACUUCAGAAUACUGGAUUUGAAUCGCUCAGUUCUGCAUUGUCUUUUCAGGGAGAUAAUAUUAACAUUCAAGGAAGCAUUGAAAGUUACUCUUGUAAAAUGACUGGAAAUGACAAAAAACUGUACAAGGAGCUCAAUACUCAAGGUCAUAGUCCAAAAGAUUUGGAGGCAUUGUCACCCUCUGAAUCACAACUGCAACACUUGCAUGGGCUUUCUCCAAAUUCCAUGUAUGCUCCACGAAGUCGAUUAUCGAGUACAGAGGAUGAUUCUUCUGAAUUUAUAUCUGUGAUGAACAGGAAAAUGUUGUUUACUCUCCUUUCAACAUUAAAUGCUUCUUUCCCAGAUUAUGACUUUAGUCACGUGAAAUCUGAAGAAUUUAGCCGUGAGGAUGAUUUAUCAUUUGUUGUGAAUACAGUGAAUAGUAAUUUGUCAACAUCUAUGGGGGAGGACUUUGCUAAGUUGAGUGCUGAGUUGUGGAAAUCAUUAGAUGAUGAAAUUUGUCUUCAGGAUUGCCAAAUAUAUAGUUACAACCCUGAUAUGGACACUGAUCCUUUUGGAGAGGAAGGAAGUUUGUGGUCUUUCAACUAUUUCUUCUUCAACAAACAGAUGAAACGGAUUGUAUUUUUCAAAUGCAAUGGCACAAGUCUAAUGGCUGAUUCUUCGAACGAUUAUGAUGAUAACUUCAAUCAGUUUAAAAUGGACACUGAGUCUGAUUAAGAUGUGGUUGGAUGAGUGUACUAAAGCAUAAGUGUAAAUGCUUUAUUGAUUUGUGUCCUCUUUUUUCUGUAUAAUGUGAACUCUCAUGAUAUGUGAUGUCAACUAAAAUUAGUUCUUAAUAUUUUUUUUGUUCUUUCGAUUUGUAAUGUUUUGUUUAUUUAAGUUAUGCAAGUCAUUUUUGUGUAACUAAUUAUUGAUUUGAAGCAUGAUACAGAAAUUUUUAGUACGAGCCAUAGUUCGGACAUUUUUAUAGUUCAACAUAGGGUUCCAGAUGCCUGCAUAAUUUUGGAGUGCAGUCUAUGAACUCGGUGUUAAAUAUUUGUUCAGGCGAGUGUGACCAGAAACGUUCUGAAACCAGUAUUGGCGUUUAAUCAGGGCGAUUGAAAAGGAGGCCGGUAAAAUAAAUCCAACUGGUCUAAAAAUGUCACGUCGUACCAAAAACGACUUUUUUGAAAACAACAGUAAUGGAUGUCCAUUGUGUUUUAGACAGGUUUGAUAUUGUUCCGAAAUGAUUCAUUUUUUUAGUUCACUUUAUUUAUUGUUUUAUGUUGUAUAUAAAUUUUCACGUUUUUUUUGUUUAUUUGGAUGAUUGUUGAGAGCAAUCAGUCACUUUCAUUAUAUGAAUAAUUUUAGCUGUAUAUGUUUUUUCAUAGCAUGUGUUUUAAUAAUGCUAUAUACUUUGUUCUUAUGUAUAUAUAAUCUUACUUGUGGAGAAGAAUGAACUCACAAAAACGUUAUGAUGACGUCAUAAUUUUAUUCGUACUAAUUUUGCGCAUUGGAAAGCAUUUAUCCCGCGCGAAGUAAUUUUCGCUAAUGUUUGAAUUCCUGCAAGAUUAAUAUAAAAAAUAAAACAGUGUGAAAAUAGUAAAAUUCAGUGUUUAAGAAAAUUUAUUGGGAGAGGCGUUUUUUUUUUGCAGUUUUUACUGCCAAAACUGCCAAAACGAUUAGUACGAAUAAGGUGUUGUAUUGAACUUGCCAAUUGUGUUGUCUUUGAAUUUAACAAAAAACGAAAGUGAUAAAAUUUUUAUAUUACUAAGCGCAUCAUGCAAUAACACCAAAAAAUUACCUAAGUCAUAUCUACUUUGGUCUCGCACCUUUUCAUGCUUCGUUUCAUACUUGAGUUACACGAAUAUUGCUUUCUACGAUGUAGUUGUAAUUUUUUAAAUGUAAAAGACAUCUUUUUGUUUAUUUAUAUAUUUGUUUUACUUUA